GCUGAGGCUAGUGUAAAGUGUGGCUUAAGAAAAGCCUACAUUGGUGGGGUCCGAGCUUCUCAAAUCAACCUUACUCAUUUAGUACUAACGUCAAUAUACGUAGUCCCGCUUUUCAAUGGAGCUUAGUACUUCAGCCUUGAGAAUGCCGCCUCGUCAAUUUUCGUCCAUUGAGCUCCGCCUAUCUACCAUAUUGAAGCUCAGACUCUAAACUCCCACCCACCGGACGCGAUAGAGAAUCGAUAGAGACCAAGUUAAAGUCAUUUCGACUCCGAGCAUAUAAAUAGAGAACCUUCUUAAAUCCCUUGAGAAGCUCCUUUGGAGCUAAUCAUCGCAAAGAUGUCGAACAAACAGGGCAAAAUGGCCGGUUACAUCAACUACCGCAUGAGGGUCACGUUGAUGGACGGCCGCCAGAUGACGGGACAGAUGCUUGCUUUCGACAAGCAUAUGAAUCUCGUCCUUGCCGAUACUGAAGAGUUCCGACGCGUAAAGAGGAAGCAAAAUAAGCCUACUGCCCCCGGCGCAUCCAGUUCAGCCGCAACCCAGACGAUCGAGACAGAGGAGAAGCGUACUCUGGGUUUGACGAUUCUACGUGGUGCUCACAUUGUGUCUUUAUCUGUUGAAUCUGCGCCUCCGGCCGAUCCUAGCACGCGACUUGGAAAGAGUACUCCGGGUGGUUUACCUACCGGCUUAACUUCCGGUCCAGGUGUCUCGCGUCCUGCUGGCCGUGGUGCGGCCCCGUCGUCUCUUGCUGGACCAGCUGCUGGUGUUGGUGGCAGUGCUCCUCCUCCUUUCCCCCAGUUUGGUGGAGCCCCUGGAUUUGGACCUGGACGAGGUGGCCCUCCCGCACCUGGGUUUCCCCCUGGUGGAUUCCCGCCGCCAGGCUUCCCUCAGAACACUCAAUUCCCACCUCCUGGCUUUAAUCCUGCUGGUGGCCCUCCCCCGGGAUUCAAUCCUCCGCCGCGAAGAUAAUUGUAGGGCGAACGUUUGGUUCUAAGGUAAAGAAAUCCUACCGAGUAACGAAUGCAGAUACCAUUGGCGUUUGGGGUGGUGGCCAAAAACUACGUAAUGGAUAGCACCAAAAUGGCGGGAAUUGUAUUCUGUACUCUACAUCAGUUCAGAAGAAUCAGUUCAGAAGAUCUCGCUCAUAGCUCCGCAUUGGGCCCCGAGAAUUCAAGGCCAAUUCAUUAGUUGCCGACUUGGAGGUUGAGGUUAACAAAUACUGUCAUGGAGAACAUUUAUUUAUAUCUUGCGUAGUAAUAAAGUGCAUAUUACGUACAUGUAUGUCGUUUAUAUGUCAUCUGUAUUAGAUAAUACGUCUACCCUUAAGGGGAAUGAAUAAGUUCAACGUUCUAUUCAGCGCCUGCUGAGGUAGGAUUGAUUGAUACAUGUAUUAUGGAAGGUAGUGUUUGCUAGAAUAAGCGGGACCGGCUGACAACAGCUGGGUACAUGUAUGUACAUAAUGGUUGGACCUAAG